AGGCUGCUCGUUACGGUGGCGGAACAUCAGCAAUCGCAGGCGUGAACAUGGCGGAGACGGUACGCUCGCUCUUCGACUACCGGGAACCACACAGACUGGACAGCGACGGAGAGGGCGUCAAACCGGCGCCGCCACUGCGGGGGCGCGGCUGUGGAAGGAAAAGGAAAGGGACACCCGUGAAAGUCUUUGUUACACACACUGAGGAGGAGAGCGUGCCCGAACAAAGCUUCAGCCCAGGUGAUCGUAAGGAAGCAGCAGAGAAUAAACGGCCCACACUGGACGGGCCUUUCUACAACACAGAGCCUGUGCCUCACAACUGCGCUCCAUCGGAGCAGGCUCAUGACAAAGUCUCCACCGGAUCCAAGACCAGCUCCUGCUCAGCCUCUACACCAGCUCCAGUUCCAGCUGCUUCCUCAGCCCCAACCCCAACACCGGUCCCUGCUCCUGCCCCGGCCACAGCAACUUCAGCCCUGGCCCCGUCUCUGACCCCCGCAUCCACGGCUCCGACAGCUCCGACAGCCUCUGCUCCAGCCCCAACAGCCAGCUCCUUCCCUCCUUCCCCCAACUGCCGCAUCCGAGAGGUCCACUGUGGCAGCCAGGUGCGGUUGGUCGUUAUCGCCAUUCGAGACAUCACCAAGGGGGAGGAGAUCACUGUGGACUACAGUCUGACAGAGUGGGGAGAGAACCUGGGCUUCCGUGGUACUGUGUCUCCAGCGCAACACGAGUGUAACUCUGACACUGAGAAUAGCAGCAGUAUCAAAAAGGAGGAUGAGCCCCUCUCUCUGACAGCCCAGCAGCAGCAGCGGCAACAGCAGCAGCAGCAGCAGCAGCAGCAGCAGCAACAACAGCAGCAGGAAUACGUCACCCCCUCUUGGUCCCUCUCCCCCUCCUCCUCCCCCAUCUCCCACUCUGAUGCUAGUGACUCAGAUGCUGGGGAUGAAGACAACGCCAGCCCCCGCGGGCGUGCACUACGUCGGCGCAAGAAGCGUCGGGGCACUCCUUCAAAGAAAAAGACCCCCCAUCGCAUCCCACACGGGCGGCCACCACCAGUCUCCCCUGCCAGUGUUCCUCAUCACAACCGUCCACUCCCUUCAUCCCCUCCUCCAGCACAGUCCUCCCCUCCCUGCUCGUCUUCCUCCUCUUCAGCCAGACCUGUGUUCAAAGCUCCAGCUCCACUGGGCUCCAACAGCACAAGCAACGUCAACACAAGUGUCCCCAGAGGAGGAGUGUCCAUAGACUCCAUGCGCCAAACCUGUGAGUACUGUGGACGCCAUUUCCGCUCUUUGGGACGCCACUUAGACAAACACCACGCCCACCAACCAGAAGUGUGCUCUGCUCUCGUCGAACGCUACACACAGAUGCCACGCCUGCAUGCACAGAAUACAAACCCCACCACCACUCACACACAGACUCAGCAACACUCGAGGUCGUCACAGGUCGCAGGGCAGAGCCGCAGUUCAGAUCUUCCACAAAGUGGCGCCCAGGACCUCUCCUUGUCUCCACCCACUCUCACAGCAGCCAACCAAUCCCCCGCCUCCUCGGGACGGAACUCCACCCCACCUGUGCUGACUCCUCCACGAGGACAGAACGCAGUGCCCGUGUCUGUCUUAAAGAGGAGCCCACCCCCGGUGGCUGUGGCGCAGACCAGGAAGGGAGCAAUGAGGAGGCUUAAGAAAGACAGACAGGAGCAGGAGGAAGAGGAUGAGGAUGACGAAGAUGAAGAUGUGGAGGUUGUGGAGGUAAAGAGGCCCAAAGAGGAGGAGGAUGUAGAGGUGGUGUGCUCUCAGUCCUUCAGCAGCAAGUCGGCCAAAGAGAUGGAGCCACAAAAAGAAGAGGAAGAUGAGGAGGAUGAGGAAGAAGAGGAAGAGGAAGAGGAGAAUGGAGUGAUGGAGGUGGAAGAUGAAAGUGGGACAGAGGAUAAGGAAAAGGACUUGCUGAGUAGUUCGGGGCGUCACCACAUGCUGCCCCUGCUCUCCUCCUUGUCCUCGCUGGUGCUGUACCUUCGUCGGCUGCAGCACUCGGCCUUCUUGUCCCUGUCUCGGCAGCUGCAGUCAGCCGAGGCCUGGCGCCUUCUCUGCCACUCCAGCCUGGCUCUCCUCAUCUUAUACAACCGACGACGCGAGUGUGAGGUCUCCAAGCUGUCCAUCGCUGAAUAUCGUGCUCGCGUCACUCCCCAGUGCCCCGUUCCCGUCCCACCUGGUGCCCCUCCGGCUCUCACCCCACUGGAGGCCUCCCUGUCCCCCUUUGAGCGCCUGGUUCUUCCUCAUCUCCCCAGAGUUGGGGUCCAGGGCAAGCGUGGACGCGUCCAGCCCCUCAUCCUCCCCCCUCACUGUGAGCCAUGCCUGGAGCUCCUACUGCAGACGAGACAGGAUGUAGGAGUUGACCCCGCAAACCCAUAUGUCUUCGCUAGGCCCUACCACUCCCCUGCCACACCCCUGCGAGGCACUGAUCUCCUCCGCAGUCUGGCCCGCUCCAGCGGUACCCGCAAUCCCCGUGCACUGACCCAGACUAGGGUUCGCCGCCAGGUAGCAAUCCUAACCCAGCUGCUGCUUCUGGGAGAAGGAGAGGAGCCUGGGCAGCCAGGAGGCAGUGCUGUGGAGAGGCUGGAGCACUUCCUUGAGAGGGAGUACCAUGUGACACAGAACUGCGCCGGAAUCGGCCAAGACCCAGGCCUGAUGGGCAGAGUGGGCCGAGUCGUGCUUUGUGGAGAGAGAGAUGGAGUGCUGUUCAGAGGAAUGAGCUUGAACCACAUCUGCCUGGAACUCGAUGUUAUGUCAGGAAACUCUGCAGACUCAUACUCAGAAGGAGAGUCUGAAGGAGAGCAGGUGAAGGAGAAGCCAGAGGUGCCCGCCCCUGCUCCUGUUCCGAACCCUACACCCACUCUGCUGUAUGUUAGGAAGGGCAAGAACAACGGGCGGGUGGGACGACCGAAGAAGCUCAAGAACACCCAGCCGCCCCCUCCGCCCCCUCCACCUCCACCCGCAAACCGCAGGAGAGGCUCAGGUCAGCCCAAAUCAGGAAAGCGAGGCGUCCUGAAGCGCCCCUGGUCAGAGGCGGAGCGUGCAGCGGUCGAGGAGCACCUGACCCGAAACAUCACCGAGCUUCGAGUCCCUGCCAAGGCCGACUGUGAGCGCUGCCUGCAGCAGUGCCCCCUGCUGGUCAGCAACCACCGCGACUGGCGAGCCAUCAAGUUCUACUGCCACAACCGCAUUCAGCUGCUGAAGAAAAACCAGCGGCGUGAGAGCGAGCCACAGCCCCUCACAGUCUGCUGAGAGGGUGACGUGUCGGGGGAGGGAGGGGGGGUGGAAGAGGGAUGUCUGGUGUGGUGCAGCUGACCAGAGCAGUUUCUCAAAUGGUACCCUGCUGCCCAGGAAAUGCACUAAUUUUGAGAGGACGGUCAUAAAUCUCACUGUACUCUUCUGGUAUUGUGGUUUGUUUUUAAAAUGGUUUCUAAUUUGACACCUGAUGGCAUUUUCAUUUUGAGCCACACAAGAACAGAAAUUUCGAUAAACUUUUUCGCUGCUCUACUUUAAGGUCUUAAAAAAAAAUUACACUAGUGUCUCUAUGGCGCUCCUGUUUGAGGGUUUCAGUGCGAGUCUUGUCAAAAGCAGUGCGCUUGGAUGGGUGCCGUUUGAGACAUGCCUUGGGGGACUUCAGAGACUAUGGCACUCGCCACAGCCUGAGUUUUGUUGUAAAUGGACGUUUUUUUUUGUUUUGUUUUUUUCCUUCCAAAACAGAUACACUAAACUAAAAUAAAAUGUAAACAAGGGAGGCAACUGAGCCCUACAGUGUUGUUAUAUGAACGUCGUGAAGUAGCAUUAGUGUUUUUAUGCACUUGGAGACGUUAAUAGGACAAAUGGCCUUUGCCUGGGCCACACUUUUCUUAAUACUGGCUUUAUAAUUAGAGUAGGUCUAACUAAUGCUAACCUAGAAGAACAGCCCAAUCUUUCCUCAAACCAAGCUAGUUCUUCUUUUCAUACAGCUGACUGUGCAAUUCUGACCAUGGUUUCAUUAUAUUUGGACCUUAAUUUACAUGUAAGGUACUAGCUGAUGAAUGAGUUACGCUUUUGCAGUUACUAUGAGGUUUGUUUGUUGUUUUUGUUUUUGUUUUUUUUUAAUCAAAAUGGAACACAAUGUUAUAAUGAUUUUUCGAGUUGUUAGUUUCAUGACAGAGAAAAUUAAAUGGCAUCAGAAUGUUGUGAAGUUACUUUUGAAUACCUAAGAUGUUUAGUUAAACCACAGAGUCCAAGAAACAUACUGUAAGAACUGUUGUCCUUGUCCUUUUUCCCCAUAAACAAGACACACUCAAGAUGUCAACAGUCACCAUUUUCCCCAGAGGAACAGUGUGUUCGUGUUUCCUAUUUGUUGUUUUUUUCUGCCUGUUGCACAUUUGUUAUUCAGAGAAGUAAAAAAGGUGCUAUAGGCCAAUAAGCUGGAUAUCACUUUAUAGAGGAGAGAGGAGAUUUCCCAUGGUUGUGUUAAAAGUUUCUUAAAAAGUGGGCAUUUAUCAGAGAAGUGAUUGUUCUGUGUCUGUUGCAUUGUCUGUGUCGUCUUUUCCAACGGCUAGAGCUCGUCCUGUCCUUUCCCAGCCACACUACAUGGUUUGCAGCUCGACCAGAUUUUUGGUUUCUCUUCAGUGUUUCUGGAAAUCUGCGUCCAUCGGACUAAAACCUCCAGGAAACCUCAAGACAGAUACUUGAAGUUAUUUAAACCUUUUGCAGAAUCUUUGUUCUUUCUUGCUCUAGCCUUGCCAGUUACAUUGUACAUAACAAAUAUAUUAUCAUUAUGCUAACUGGUU